CAUGGCGAUGCGCGGUGUUCCUUGUGAGCGGCGAGGCUCGCGGCCUGCUCGUUUGUAGGUGUCUUUUCAGUGAUGAUCAAUGGGUGCGGGGAUGUCUUGAUUUCCGUGUGUCGCAGGUAACGUGCCUGAAAACUUAUGUUCAGGAUGGAAGAGGAAUUUCAAGAAAUAGACUCUAAAAACUCUUGGAAUUCAGUCUAUCAGAAGAUCAGACACAAGUCCAACAGCUAUGACUACACGUGCAAAGACGCACGACGUAUGGAUAACAAGAGCUUAAAUCGCUACCGAGAUGUAAAUCCAUAUGACCACAGCAGAGUGAUCUUAAAACGUGGGGACAAGGAUUAUAUUAAUGCCAGCCUGGUUAAAGUGAAGGCAGCUAAUCGCACCUACAUUUUAACUCAGGGACCUUUGCCAACAACCACAAGCCAUUUUUGGCUCAUGGUGUGGGAGCAACGGACUAAGGCCAUUUUAAUGCUUAAUCGCAUCAUCGAGAAAAGCACUGUCAAGUGCCAUCAGUACUGGCCAAUGAACCUGGAUGAAGAGCUUGUGCUCACUGGCGUAGGACUCAAAGUGGCCUUUCUUGGCGAAAAGCCAGCAACCAACUACACUGUUCGGGAACUCAUGCUAACCGACCUUGAGAGUGGGCAGAAACGUGUGGUACUGCACCUGCACUAUACAACCUGGCCUGAUUUUGGGGUGCCCGAGUCUCCAGCAGCAUUCUUGGCCUUUCUGCAAGCUGUACGGGAGUCUGGGGCAUUGGACGUAGAUGUUGGGCCACCUGUGGUGCAUUGCAGUGCAGGCAUUGGCCGUUCGGGGACCUUUUGCCUGGUGGACUCUUGUCUUGUACUGAUUGAAGCCAAUGGGGGCCGCCUUGACCGGGUGGACGUGCAGGAAGUGCUGCUGGAGAUGCGCAAGUACCGCAUGGGUCUGAUCCAGACACCAGACCAGCUGCGCUUCUCCUACCUGGCCAUCCUGGAGGGCGCUCGGGCCUUGUCCUGCUGCCAGCAGAAGGAUGCCCACCCCACAGUUGAUGAGCGGGUGAUAAAGCGAAGUCCCGAGCGCAAUGGUAUCACUGAGGAGAGCUCCGAUUCUGAGGCAACUGAUUCUUCAGAUGAUGAGGAUGAAGGUGACGAUGAGGACACAAUGGGUGGUGGAAAAUAUGCCGGUGAAAAUGGUGAAGGCAGCAGCAGGCUCUUAAUUGGGGCCGGGGACUCUCCACCGCCGCUGCCACCUCGGCUCAAGCGUUCCUCUGAGGAGAACUCAAACAGUUCAAGCGAAGCAAAGGAUCUUCUAGCAGGUGAACCUGGUGCACUGGAUAUACCUCCGAGGAAAAGCACCGGAGAGGAGGCAGAGUUGCGCAGGCGUCAACGACGGGAGAGGGUGGAGCGCACAUCACAGAUGGUGCAGCGCAUGCGGCAGAAGCAGCGCUCUUCAGAAACCUGGGCCCAGCGAGGGCGUCUGCUGAAGCACGUCUCUAUUGGCCUUGUUCUCUUACUGGGAACAGGUGUGCUGGUCUACAAGUACUAUGAAAAAUAGCUUAGCAGCUUUGCAAGACGAGUCACACAUAGCUGAUGUGCUGGGUUGGUGGUGAAAUACCUUAGAUACCAACUGCGCUGCCAUUUUUACCGAUGUCCAUGCAACUUGCAAAAAUAGGUUGCUGGUAAGGCCAAAUGGAGUGCGUUUGAACCAUUUGAAAAGGGCAGCAUCACCAGAAACACAUCUAUAUUUUCGUCCAUUCUCAUCCAUCAACUUGUUGUCUAUUAGGACUUUUGAGGGUGCACUGUAGGCAAUUGAAGUGGUGUUAUAUGUCUUUACAUUUUUUCUUAUUGGAUCUCAUCAAAACUACCCAUUGUUCAGUGCAUAGUAGUUAUCACGCCUUCAUCUGUUUUUUGAAUGUUUGUGGGCACGCUCAUUUCUGGGAAUAAAGUUAUUAAUAAAGCUUA